UGAACAUUACUGCGGCUGCCUGCGGUUUUACAUGUAAAAUCUGGACCUGAUCGUUGAGGCUUUCUUCAACUUUCUCGCGACUCUGAAGUAGUAACGGUUCAACUCCGGCUCAAAAGGCUUCGUCGGUCGUAGCUGUCACUGAAGAGUCCGUCCUCGUCAGGACACGUGAUUCGACUCGUUCCUUCGACGUGUUUUAUUUAGAUUUACAGACGGAUUCUGUUGUGUUUUAACGGUUGCGACGGGCUGCUGCACCUCCAUCAACUCGACACUUGUGCGCUUCUCGACGAUAAAAUCACCUGAGCUCUGCAGAAAACACGAAGCUCUUUGAAAAGCUCCGGAGACUGUCCCUGGUCAAUAACCCACAUGAGCUGUAAAAUAACCCCCAAAACACUUGGGUGUAAUCCAGUUUAAACCAUGUACCAGGUGGUACCUGGGGGAGCAGGAGGCACCAUUACUGAUGUCAUCCCCAAACAGAAACGCAGCAAAGACACCCGGCCACUGGUGGGCGCUGGAGUGAUCGGACUGGUGCUGGUGAUUGCGGCGGUGACUGCGUGGUGUUAUUACAUUGCAUCACUGCGAAAAGCUGAGCUGCUGAAAACCCAGCUGCUGGACCUCAACAAAGAUGGCUACAUUAUCCGAAACCAGGGGGGAUCAAUCGUUUUCAGGAUGGAUUUCAGGUCAGGAACGCUGGAUCUGGACUCUUGCACUAAAGAAGGUGAACUUCUCAGCUGUAGCAAGACCACCGACAGGAAGCUCAACUUUUUUAUUGAGACGGUGCGGCCCAAAGACACGGUGCAGUGCUACCGCGUUCGCUGGGAGGAGCUGGUUCCUGAUAUCGCUGUGGAGCAUGCCAUGACGUACAAGUUUGCCCACUGGUACGGUGGAGCUGUGUCUGCGAUUCAGCACUGGCCCAUUUCCAUCUCCGGGCAACAGGCCCCCAAACCAUUUGUCACCAGUGACAUCUACUCCAAUCGCAAUGAAUUUGGGGGGAUUUUGGAGAGCUACUGGCUGUCGUCCAAUGCCACGGCUAUUAAGAUCAAUAAUUCAGUGCCCUUCCAUCUGGGCUGGAAUGACACAGAGAAGACCAUGUACUUUCAGGCUCGUUACAACGACAGUCCAUUCAAAGCAGAGCCGAACGAGGCGCCGUGCGCUGAGCUGAGCUACAGAGUGUGUGUUGGACUGGAUGUGACGUCCAUUCAUAAGUACAUGGUGCGCAGAUACUUCAACAAGCCCAAUAAGGUUCCCUCCCAAGUCAUGUUCAGCCAUCCCAUCUGGUCCACCUGGGCUUUACACAAGACUGACAUUGAUCAGGAGAAAGUUUUAGAGUACGCCGCGAACAUACGGAAGUACAACUUCAACUGCAGUCACUUGGAGAUCGACGACCGCUACACCAGAAGAUACGGAGAGUUUGAAUUUGACCCAACAAAGUUUUCCAACGCGUCAGCCAUGUUCCAGAAGUUGAAGUCCGAUGGCUUUCUGGUGUCUCUCUGGAUUCACCCAUUUGUGAACUACGACUCGGAAAAUUUUCACUCUUGUGUGAAGCGAGGGCUGUUUGUCCGAGAGCCCACCGGCCAGUUGCCGGCCCUGGUGCGGUGGUGGAACGGUAUAGGCGGUAUAUUGGACUUCACCAAUCCAGAAGCUCGUGAUUGGUUCGCUUCCCAGCUACGUUCCCUUCGCUCCAAGUAUGGGGUGACGUCUUUUAAAUUUGAUGCAGGGGAGACCAACUACUUACCUUGGAAAUUCAGUACCAGAACUCCCAUCCGGGACCCGAGCUUUUUCACCCGACGAUACACAGAGAUGGCAAUUCCCUACAACGACAGAGCCGAGCUUCGUAGCGGCUACCAAUCUCAGAACAUUUCCUGCUUCUUUAGACCCAUCGACAGAGACUCUGUGUGGGGGUACGAGUUGGGCCUCAAGUCUCUAAUCCCCACUGUGCUCACUAUCAGCAUCCUGGGCUAUCAGUUCAUUCUUCCCGACAUGAUCGGAGGAAACGCCUAUCCCAACCGUACGGAGGGUAAUGGGCCAUUGCCUGAUCGAGAGCUAUACAUUCGCUGGCUGGAGCUGUCGGCCUUCAUGCCGUCCAUGCAGUUUUCCAUCCCUCCCUGGGAGUAUGACAAUGAAGUGGUUGAGAUCGCUCGAAAGUACACCGCCCUCCACCAGAGCCUGGUGGCGCCGCGGGUUUUGGAGCUAGCUGGCGAGGUGCUGGGCACCGGAGACCCAAUCAUUCGCCCGCUGUGGUGGAUCGCCACCGGUGAUGAGACUGCGUACAAAAUUGACUCCCAGUUUCUGAUUGGGGACGACCUGAUGGUUGCUCCGGUCUUGGAGCCAGGAAAGCAGGAGCGGGAUAUCUACCUCCCGGCCGGUCGCUGGUGGAGCUAUAAAGGGGAGAGAUUCGAUAUCAAAGAGCCACUGCACCUCACAGACUAUCCCGUCGAUUUGGACGAAAUAGCUUACUUCCUUUGGGUGUAGAAAGAGCCCCGGCUGCCUGAACCGUCCUCCACACGCUCAUGAGCUUCACUGAACUUGUUUCUAAUUGUUUUGUAACAAAACAAGCACAUUUUUACCUGAUGUACGAGCUACUCUCGCACAGAGAGGCUUGGAAGUUAUUCUCAAUUGUUCUGUUGAUGAUGUGGAAAUACCGCGCGUUGUGCACAUGGCGAAAAUGGAGUACACACACUGUGAAUGUAUUUUGAUGCCCACUCUGAUCAGUCGACUCUGCGUCCUCUCAUCUGCUUCAUGGCACGUACUGGGCAGCUUAACGCUUCACUAAUCAAAAUAACCGUGUUGUGACUCAAGAGUCAAGGACGACUAACUCAGGUUUUCUCAGAUGUAUCUCAAGUUCUCAGUUAUAAGCUUAAUUCUUCUUUAAUUAUGAAUAAGAGCAGUUUAAGGCUGCAAAAUGAACAAGGUGGCCUUCUACGGUUUAGAUCACAGUUGGACAGACCGAAAGUCCUGAUCCUCCUAACUCCCGUCCAGAGCUUGCAGGAGAUCCUUCCCACUCUUGUUGACAUUUUUACCCCCUCAGUCCCAAAUAUCUCUCAACACAACUGCCUGUGUUCGCACCAUAGCAGAUGUGUUUCUUGCCAAAUGAUGACCUUUCGUUCCAUUUUUGAGCUGCUUCUGCCUGUGGUCUGUGUGAACGUUGGCAUCCUAUGAAGCCUUGUCGCCGCUGUUAUUGGUCUGUUUUUUGCGGACAGAGCUGUGAAUCAACCAAAAGUGGGAUCUAAGCGAACAAGUGAUUGUGUUUGUGUCUUUGAUUUUGUUGCUAUUGCUGUGUGAAUCAUUUUUAACCUUGACAGCUAAUGCCUGGCAGCUUUAUUUGUGUCGUUUUGUGUCGACAUGUUUGAUGUCUCGAAGAAAUGGGAAUCUCACCUCCGAAAGAGCUAAUAAUUGCUGUGGAUUAUGCUACACACCUCUGUGCAAUUCUGUCCUCUGAGUUAGUCGACAGGUUAAUGAGAAAAGGUUAAUGUGUUCGGAACCUAUGUCGAUAGUAGGAUCUAACUUUUGUGUGCCUGUAUGAGAUUGUUGAGCGAUUACACAAGUCUGUCUUGCCACCUGUUUUGGCAAUUUUUUGAGGCCGUAUCAUGAGUCAUGAAGGAUGUGAAGUCAUCCCUCGGAUUAUAAUCCAGACGCUCACAGAAGUUGUUUGAACUCAAACCGUUUCUUUAUAAACACGUUUCAGACCUUUUUUCAAUGUUUUAACAAACAUUUAAUCCAAACGCCGUAGAAUCCAAAAGCUAGUUGCUUUACACACAGAUUCCGUCUGCUAUGUUUUAUUUAUUUUUUUUUAAUGCUGCAACGCUCAUUUGAGUCCAUGACCUUUGGGUGGGGAGCGGAAACACAAGGUCACGGCAGAGACUUCCGGGGGCUCAAGUAGCCUUUUAGGGUGCCUCCUAGUGGCCGCCCUGUUGAAGUGCUCCGGACAUGUCAGUCUGGGAGGAGGCCUGUGGGCAAACCCAGGACACGUUGGAGAGGCUGUUUCUCUUGGUGGGCCUGGGAACACCUCUGUACCCCACCAGAGGAGCUGGAGGAGGUUUUGCUGCUGCCUCACACUGACCUUGACUAAGCAGUGGAAGAUGGAUGGAAGAAGGCAAUGCUAAUUUAUCUCUUAAAAAGGUCCUAAACUGUUUCUGUGAAAGGUGAACAGUGAACUUACAAGGGAUUACUGUCCACUAGGUUAUAAACACAGUGUACAACCGCGGUGACAGUGUGCAUUGCCAAAAUCUAGAAUUGAUUCUCAAGUGCCUUUUGAAUGUGAAUUGUUCAUUUGAUUCUGGAGUGUUCCUAGUUUGACCCAAACUGUGUGUGAAUCAUGUCAUUUAAAGUCGAUUCAUGUGUUCAGAACAACGUGACUAGCCAAGUACAGUUGGAUGUCUAUUCUGUCGAUCCACCUUUGGUGGGGUCUGAUUCAUCACCAGAGAACCUGUGGUUAGCAUUUAGCGUAUUAGCAUUGUGGCCCUAUUGGCUACCGUCAAAAAUGCAGCCUUAUUGUUUUGCCUUUGGUACUUGGUAACAAAUAUACAUCACAACAUUACAACAGUUGUAAUGUUGUAAUGUUGAAGUACGAUCUACCAACCUGAAAGAGCCUCUCACCACGUCGCUGGUGAAUGCUGGUGAAAAACUUGCAGUUGAUAGCGAGCUAAGCUAACUCCCUCCAUCCCUGUCUCUGAAGACAUUUCUCCCUUCCCGGCCCUCUCACCCAGCGAGACACCAUCCGUCUCUCUAUUCUAUUUAGUCCUUCUGGGGUUCACAGAUGUUUAGAUCUCACAGCAACUCCUCCGGUUUGUCACGGUUCCCUCCUCAUUUCUCUCCUGCCAGACUUCAGGCUGAGCUCUAUUCCCUCCUGCAUGAGUCAGAGCUACCUGCAGGCGGAGGGAACAGUCUCGCACGUCAGUCCAGGGCUGUUAAAAAUAUCAAAUGGGAGCGUAUUUAUUUCCAGAACAUGCCUUAUGUCGUCACGUCAGUAUGUAUCAGGAGGUGCCCGCGUCGCUGCCUCUGGCCUCUGUGUUAGCUUCGGUCAUUUUGGUAAUGAACGUUGCUAUAUUUGUUUUGCUCUCACUUAUGUGUUGACCAAGUGCCGGAACAUGAAGCCAGUGGCUUCUCUUUGUGCCUUCUAAAUUGCUUCCUUGUCAUGACUAUUCAUAGACGCUCUCUCGCCGCCGCGGGCUGAGCCUCACCAGCUAUUUCUGUCGCUGACCUCCUAAUGGCCAACUGAACCUUGAAUGUUGCUGCGUGUUGUUACUUAUUGGCCUCAUUGUUUCUCCAGCUUUUGCACAAGGUUUGCCAGCACUGUGACUUCUUACUGUUCUUGAUGUGUUUGAAGAUCUAAAUAAAGCCAUCUGACUCCCUGUGUUCUUCAAUGGAG